AUGGCUGACGAUACGCGGGGCUCCAUAACCAUUGCCCCCGAGCAAAGGGAGCCGGAAUCUCAAAAUACUGCAUCGGAUUUCACAUCUCAAAAGAAGCUGAAACAUGAGAUCCCUCAGUCGCAAGUCGGAAAACUUUGGGACGCAUUUGGAAAUCCCGAAGAGCCUGUCAACAUGCUUCCUUCUGCUGGGGUCAAGUCCGGAAAGAAGCACGCCGACAUCACGGUCACCGAAGCUAUGAAGUCAAUGUCAUUGGAGAAUGCUACGUCUUUUUACAAAGCACCCUGUGCUCGGGAUUCGUUGCUUAUCGGAAUCGGCGCCGGGUUCGGUGUAGGUGGGGUGAGGGGUGUCAUUGGAGGUUUGCCCAAGAUUUGGACUGCCUGUAACUGGGCCGUGGGCGCAUUUGCCAUUACCGCCCUUGCAACACAUGAAUUCUGCCAGCGACGUCGAGUACAGGAAUUGGACGGCAUGAAACAGGCUGUGGAGCUGAUGAAGGAGCUCAAACUCAAGAAGCAGCGUGAGAAGGAGCAUAAAGAAAAGGAAGCCGCGCGCCUGGCGGAAGAAGAGAGGCAACGGAAGAGUUGGACCAACCCUUCCAAUUACAAGUUCUGGUAG